ACUAGCAUCAUGACUACGGUUUCUAUGAAUCGUGCUCUGUUUCAUUAGAUCUCCAUUACCGUCUCCGCAUUUCGAUUCAGGAAACUCGACUUUCCGGCCUCCGGCACCGGCGAUCAGCUGCAUUCUCUCACCGCAUUGGAGACUAAUGGUUCUGCUGGUAAAAAAAAGAAACAGAAGCCUUUGAGGUGCGGCUAUUUUGCGAUUCAAUCUAGAUGAGGAAAGCUGUUUCAUGGCAAGUAGGUCUAAGGGACACAUUAGUCAUGGCUGGGUCGAGACAGCGGCAGCAUCUUAGGAGGCCAGUAUGGAUUAUUGUGUUGGUAACUUUUGUGAGCAUAUUUCUGAUUACUGCCUAUGUCUAUCCUCCAACAAGUUUAGCUGCCUGCUAUAUCUUUUCUUCUGGUGGCUGUUCCAUGUUUUAUAGACAACCAGCAUUUUAUUCCAGAGAAUUAAGUGAUGAUGAGACUGCAUCUCAAGUUGUAAUUAAGGAAAUUCUGAACACUCCUAUUCAAUCAAAGAAUCCAAAAAUUGCCUUUAUGUUCUUAACUCCAGGGACACUACCUUUUGAAAAGCUGUGGGAUAAAUUCUUUCAAGACCAUGAAGACAGGUUCACUGUUUAUGUACAUGCUUCUAGACAAAAGCCAAAGCAUGUGAGUCAUUAUUUUGUUGGUCGAGACAUUCACAGUGAGAAGGUGGUUUGGGGGAAAAUUUCCAUGGUUGAUGCUGAGAAGAGACUGUUGGCUCAUGCACUCCUAGAUCCUCAUAACCAGCACUUUGUCUUGCUGUCUGAUAGUUGUGUGCCACUACAUAACUUUGACUAUGUCUAUAACUAUUUGAUAUUCACUAAUGUCAGCUUUAUUGAAAGUUUCAUUGAUAAUGGUCCACGUGGGAAUGGUAGAUAUUCAGAGCAUAUGAUGCCUGAAGUAGAAAAGACAGAUUUCCGGAGGGGCUCACAGUGGUUCUCCAUGAAGCGGCAGCAUGCUAUAAUAAUUAUGGCAGACAGCCUUUAUUACACAAAAUUUAGGCUUUAUUGUAAGCCAAACAUGGAUGGCCGCAAUUGCUAUGCAGAUGAGCAUUACUUACCGACCUUUUUCCAUAUGAUUGAUCCUGGUGGAAUUGCAAACAGGUCAGUAACAAAUGUUGAUUGGUCUGAAGGAAAGUGGCAUCCAAAAGCAUACAGGGCCCAAGAUAUUACAUACGAAUUCCUAAAGAGUAUUACAGGCAUUGAUGUUGGCUUGCAUGUGACAAGCGGUUCAGAGAAUAAAGUGAUUACAGAACCUUGCUUGUGGAAUGGAGUGAAGAGACCCUGUUAUUUAUUUGCAAGGAAGUUUUACCCUGAAACUCUGGAUAGACUGCUCUCUCUUUUCUCCAAUUACACGACAGUUUAGGAUUCUUCUUUGUCGUUACUAUUCUUCGUUGGGACUUGGGACCUACCAAAUUUAGCCCCCGUCCCUGCCUUGCUUCUCGUAUAUAAUUCAGAUUUCUGGGAUGCGGAUCAACCUUGAAUUAGACUUUAGCAAGGUCUCAAGAUGGCUCGGUCUUGGCUGCUCGGUGAUUGUAUUAUGAUUCUCUAAUUCUCUUCAUUGGUUGCAUUCUUGAUCUUAG